UCCUAAUAACAUCGAAUAAAUUUAGUCUGUUGAAGGAGAUAUCGGUAGGGGGCAGUAUUGCGGAAGACACAUUUUGAGCGCACAAUUUUCAAGAAGAAGAACAAGGCGCUAACCUCGGAGUUUUUGUUUUAUACAAUAAAACUGUUUGCAAACUAUGCGGUAACGUGAGGAGUGUGUUUUCCCGAGCACGAUGACUACUCAGAGAGUGCUUCCUCAGAGCAAAGAGACUCUGCUGCAAAACUACAACAAGAGGCUCAAAGAUGAUAUCCGCUCCAUCAUGGACAACUUCACAGAAAUUAUCAAAACAGCAAAGAUCGAGGAUGAGACACAGGUAUCCCGAGCUACCCAGGCAGAGCAGGACCAUUAUGAGAUGCACGUCAGAGCAGCCAACAUUGUACGUGCCGGCGAGUCCCUCAUGAAGCUGGUCUCCGACCUGAAGCAGUUCCUCAUUCUGAACGACUUUCCCUCAGUGAACGACGCCAUCAGCCUCCAGAACCAGCAGCUCCGCUCACUGCAGGAGGAGUGUGACAAGAAGCUCAUGUCCCUCCGCGACGAGAUCGCCGUCGACCUGUAUGAGCUAGAGGAAGAAUAUUACUCCUCCAGCUACAGUCAGUGGGACAGCACUGAUCUGCCACUGUGUGAGGCAUACCGGCGUCGAGACAGUUGGGCCUCUGUCGACAGCAGCAACAGCUCGACGCACGGGGACCGGGAGGACAUGGACGGGCCUCCGUCACAGGAGACGAACACCCAGCACCACCUUAACGGACAUGGGACUGCCUCUGUAGAGAAACCGUGAGGAGGAAAGUGGGCACGGAUUGGAUCAUUUAGUUUCCAUCACAGCUUUUGAGCUGGUGUCUGAUCUGAGCUGUGGCUGUUUUGUGUUCUGGACUUUGAACUGGGCUUAAACUAAAAAAAAAAAAGUUGAUGGUUCGUUUUGCAUUAACAAGUGUCACAAAAAACUAAAUGAGACCAUACUCAUAGGCCACCACUCAGUCUUUUGAGUGGUGGCCUAUGAGUCCAAUUGUCCUGAGUUUGAAUACUGCACACACAGACUUGCACACAACUGCUGGUUUCGCAGACCUGGAUUAAGUCUAGUCCUAAACUAACAAAUAUAUUUGAUAAAGAUCUUCAUUGAAAACCAUUUAGACUUGAUUCAUGUCUGGGGAAACUGAGCCAUGAUGACUAUUUUACUGAAGUAAAUGCAGACAACUUAAACUUCACUUUUGAAGCACU